AGCUGCUCGCCGCCGCGCCGCGCCGACGUCGGACGCUUUCACUUUUGGCGAUUGAUGUCUCCCGAUGCCAUGCGUGCGCGCGGCGGUGGCUCCGCCCUCCGCGGCCGCCGCGCGCCGGUUGGCCGCAAAACGGGGACAGCUCUAGCAGGCUCCGCCCCCGGCGCGCGCGCGCGCUGCGGCGGCGCGCGGUUCGAAGGUGCCGCGCGCGCCGCCGCUCAGCCUUGAUAAGCCCGGCGCGCGGCCGUGGCGGCCAGUAGAGCUGGCGACGUUGUAGGGAGAGUACACGCCGCCCUCAGCGUCCAGCACAGACCACGUGCUCCGCCACCGCCCCACCCCGCCGUCACCAUGUCCGGAGCGAGCCAGACGGUGCAGGCGUUGCCUGUCGACCUGGCGCGACCAGCGGCCGCCACCCUCAUACCCACCUCCGUGGACGACCUCACCUCCGGCUGGCUGGAGUCGAUCCUGCGCCGGCGGCACGGCGACCGCUACAACAUCUGUGCCCACGACAGCUACGGCCUCAAGGGCAACCAGAUCGCCGCCUGCUCCGACAUGCGCUGCUUCACGGCGCGGGGCCACGUCCUGGGUCAGGAGGUCAUCGACCACGUCAUCGUGAAGUUGCUGCCGGAGAACGAGCUGAUGCGUCGCGUGGUCAUCGAUCAUCGGAUGUCGCACUGCGAGACCAUGAUCUAUAAGGAGCUGCUGCCCCAGCUGGUGGCCUUUGAGCGGCUUCACGGCAGCAGUGACAUCCAGGACAUGACUGUCUCCUGCCUGUAUGCCGAGGUGCUGGAUGAGCCAGACUGCGCCAUUGUGCUGGAAAACGUCCAGAAAAAGGGAUACUGGACGACCGAGUCACUGCAGCUGGAGAAGCCUCAGCUGAACGCCGCCGUCCGCAGUCUGGCGCGGUUCGCGGCCACAUCGCACUGCUGGCUCCAGGAGACGGGCACGGUGGAGCUGCCGUACCUGCUUGAGAACCACCUCUCCGACGGCGCUCAGGUCUCCGACUUCAUCCGCAUCGGCAUCACCAAGGUGGCCGACCGGCUGGAGCGGCUGGGCCAGAACCUGCUGCUGCAGAAGCUGGCCGACAUGCAGCAGGCCAGUGUGCGCCUGCUGAACGCCUUCCUGCAGCGGACACCCGACUUCGGGGUGCUCUGCCACGGCGACUUCCGCGACGGAAACCUGCUGCUGCGCGAGACUCCGGACGGCGACUGGCAGGUGCGGGCCGUGGACUGGCAGGCGUCCCGUCUGGGCAGCCCGGCGCUGGACCUGCUCUACCUGAUGCUGUUCUCGAUCCCGCGGAGGGUGAUGGCCGAAGUGGAGGGCGACGUACUGGCCGUGUACCGGCGUCACUUCAACGCGAAGCUCGCGGAGCUCGGCUGCGACCGGCGGUACUCGGCCGCCCAGCUGCGCUCCGACUUCACCGCCGCCAAGCUGGUUGGUCUCGUCUGGUGCCUGGCGGCCAUCCAGUUCUGGGACCGCGUGCCCGGAUGGGUGGAGCACACCGUCGACCUGGCGCUCGAGGUGGACGCUCUGGGUCUUCUGGACAACAUCCAGUAGAGGAACAGACGGCGUGCGGGGACGGCUCGCCAUGCUGCCCCCGUGCGCCGCAGGGCAUUUGGAGGAUACUCAUUGGUGCGCGAGGCGGACCGCCUGCGCACCGUGCCAGUCGGCCUGGGCUGUGCACAACAGGCAGUUCGCCUUUGACGAGACUGCCUCGAGGAUGGAGGCUGCUCCUGGGAAUGAUGGUGCUGAGGUCUGAUGUUUGCUUGGUGCGGCGGAACUAGUCCUGCUGUAGGAGGCAGACCGCACGAGACAUGUGAUGGGUGCUACUUCGGACGUGCUGCUAUGUUGUUUUGGUGUGUUUUUUAUAAGGUGUCCAUGUAGUCAUGAGUCAGAGACGCGUGCAUUGUAGGAGUCUUGUGAUGCCAAGUACAAAUCGCCAUGUCUUGUUGUUGAACUUAUGUCCAGCCACGGUUACCUGCGGCAGACGCAGACGAAUUCCUAGGGAGUGUUUCCACUUCCUUACGAAGGUGAGCUUCUGCAGAGGUGUUGGACAUUGCAUGUUAGGCCGUGAUCAGCCGAUAAAAGCUCAAAUUUUAUCGCGGGACCAUGUCAUAACAACCGACUUGCAUCAUCGACUCACGCCCGUUAGUGCAUUGUUGCUUACCCUAAUUCCCCGGCGUCGCGGAAGGUGGCAGGUUUUAAUCUGAUCCGAUAUUGCGGCCAUUUUGUGGCAUUUUCCGAUCACACACCUUGUUGUAGGAUGGUUUGUAUUGAAAUGGUCAGUUGUUCGCUGUGUUUUGAUUGGUCUGUUGAUAUGUUUCGUUGUGCAUUGCCAUGUGUGUCUUAUUGAGCCGCUCUUGCGUCAUUUCAUUGUACAUUCUCAUAAUAAACAUAAUCAGACAAUAA